AUGACAGUUGAUACUAUAACUCAAACAACUACAACAACAAUAACAACUGCAACUACAGCAACCAUUUCAACUAUAAGAUUGGAAGAUAAAGAAGAGGUAGAGAAAAAAGAACAACAACAACAACAACAAGAGAAAGAUGUAUUCAAAAUCAUAUUUGAAUAUUUGACUUGUAAUUAUAGAUUGUUUAAUCAAGAUCCUCCACCACCACCACUAUUGGGAGGAAAGUAUGAUGGUUCGGGUGAGUUGGAGUACCCAAACAUUGUAGACGAUGUACAACGUACUGAAAAGGAUAUGCUCAAGAAUGUGUAUAGUUUUAUGGCCAAGAAGAACAACUAUCCAACCUUGUCACCAAGUUCGAGUUCGUCGUUAUUGCUAGAAUGUGAAAAGGUGUUGGACGAGGACAAGGAACUCUGCAGAUUAGUAGAGAUUAAGGAAAAGUGGUCAUGGCAUGACCUAGCACUCGUAUCAAAACAUUGGCUCGGACUAGUAUCCUCGUUGUACAUGUUUAUGGGUGUACAAUGGUUCAACACUACCUACCUCGAACAUCUUUCUAGUCCGUAUAGUAUCUUUAAACGUGCCAGUAGAAUCAUAUUCAAUCGUAGUGACCCAGAUGCAUACAACCAUCCCAAUUUCAACAAAGACAACAAACUACUAGUAGACUAUAUCAAUUCGGCCACUAGUAUCACACUCUAUGGUAAAAAGUAUAGAGACAUUGACAAAAUGUUUUAUGAAGGUGUCAUAUUCCCAGAGGUUGAAGAACUCAUCAUUCAUCUGACACCCGAUGUCAAAGAAAUGUUGGAAUCAUUACUACCACGUCUACCAAAAUUAAAGGUUCUAUGUUGUUCAGAUUUUGAUAUCAUUUCUGGAGAGUUUACCAUUUUCGAUUCAGACGAACAACUCUUGUAUCCUCUGAUCAACUUUAUAGCAAAUCUUCCAAAAUUGGAGAGUCUAGGACUAUACAUUGAUGGAUUGUCAAGUGAACACUUUUUCAUACCAUUCUUUCAAGCUUUCAAGACUGACGAGCGUUUGUUUAAUAGCGGUAUUAAACGUUUGGUGGUAGAUGUCAAUCCAAAUAUCCAAACAGAUUUCCCUUGGAUGUUGUUACUCAAUCUCCCAUCUCUCCAAUCAUUUUCACUCUAUGACCUUCACAUGGUCGACUAUUCUGUAGAAUUUCAUGAAUUUAUGGAUGAAAAUCGUACCAUUACAGAUUUAGAUUUUAUUAUUAUUUGUGAUGAAGAAACAUGUGAUAUAUUGGGAGAUUGUUGGUUCAUGUCAAAAUUGGAUUUAUUUAUAGCAGAAUAUCAAGAUGAAGUAAAAGAGAUAUUUUUACCAUCAGAAUUAAAGACAUUGAUAAUACGUAUUGGAAAUGAUAGUCUUGCUUCACUUACCAAUUGUAUGAUUCAAGGUAUCAAUCAAUCGGUAAAAUGUUUACAAUCUCUAUCAUUCCUUAUCGAUGGUCCAAUCGAUCCAAACAUUUUGGCUCAUGAAAUACAACACAACGCAACCAUUAAAUAUCUAUCAUUUACAUGUCUAAGAUCAAAGAAAAAAUUAAUCAAAUCCAGAAAACAACAAGAAAAGACAAACAACAAUCAAGAAGAAGAAGAAACCCAAACUACUCCACUACAACAAGAGGAAGAUUUAUAUGAUCCAAAAAUAUCAUUUGCAAGUUUAUUCCAAGCAAUCAAACAUUAUAAUACAACAUUGGAAGUGAUAAGUAUAUCAUUUUGUCCAACUGUAUUACCAGAUAUGAUUGAUUGUAUUAUUGAUCAUCCAUGUUUAAAGAUGAUCAAUUUCGAACAUUUUGAUAAUACUCUUGAACCACAUCAAAUCGAUUGUUUGAAUCCACACUUUAUACCAAACUUGGAUCAUCUUGCCUCCUCUUCCAUCUCUUCUCAAUUAAUCAUCAUACCAACGCCAAGAGGUGUACAAAUCAUUAAAAAAAAUUAUCUUGAUAAAAUUAAAUAUCAAUUAUUAAAUUAA